CAUUGUGCAUAGCUUGACUGGCAUUGCACCUUAAUCGCAGCUGUUGUUCGGUCGAUGCGAGCCGGACUUUCUUAGGGGUAGAGCCGACUGGUACAGGCUGAGCCAUGUCGUUCAAGGACACCUUCACGAAGGAUGAUCAGAAGGAAGGCCUCCUUGGCUAUGAUGACACGGCCUUCUAUUAUUUUUUCAGCUCAGUGAUCGUGACAGUGGCCGUGCCGUGGACGUGUUCCACGAUCUACAAUGCCCUUUUUCCUGGGCAAGCUCAAGUGGAGAAGGAUUUCCCCACCAAGAGCAAAGCCGGGAGCAGAUACCGGUACUGCUCCAGUUCAGCAAUGACGGACAAGGUAGACCAGGCGAGGAAAAGUGCCCGCUUUGCCAAUGCAGGCUCCAAAGCCGGCAGUGUGAUAAAGCUGCUGGUGCUUGUUGGCCUGUGGAUGACCCUGUACCUGAUGUACUUGCAGAUUGGGGAUGCAAAGGAAAUCAAGAGGUUCGACCCCUUCGAAAUUUUGGAAAUCAGUCCUGGCGCAUCGGCGACAGAGGUCAAGAAGGCCUAUAGAAAGCUGUCACUGAUCUACCACCCUGACAAGAAUCCUGACGACCCUUUGGCGGCCAAUCGCUUCAUGCAGAUUACCAAGGCGCACAACGCCCUCACAGACGAGACGGCCAAGGCCAAUUUCGAGAAGUAUGGAAAUCCAGACGGGCCGCAGACCUCCAAAGUGGGCAUUGGAUUGCCGCGGUUUCUUCUGGAGAAGGACAACCACUUGAUCAUCCUUUGCCUCUUCUUCUUUUUGCUUCUGUUCGUGGUGCCAAUGGCUUUCAUUUGCUAUUACCAAAGGACAAAGAAUUACGCUGCGAACGGCGUCAUGAUCGAAACACUGCAGUUUAUGGGGUACUACAUCAAUGAGGCCACACGACUGAAGAACUGCCCAGAGCUCCUUGCAGCAUCUGCCGAGAGCAGGACUAUGGCCUUGAGACCCUCGGACAACCAAGAGCUCAAGACGCUUGGGUCACAAGUGACCGAACACAAGAAGCGCCAGUUCAAGCUGCCGAUCAUCAUCAAGAACGACUACCUGCUGCUGGCACACAUGCAACGCCUGCACGGCUCCAUGUCCGCAGAGCUCCGAGCUGACCUGGAUGAGCUGCUGAAGCACUCCCUGAAGAUCUCGCAGGCGAUGAUAGAGAUUGCCUGCAUGCGUGAGUGGUUCUUUACGGCUCAAGCCAUGAUCGAGUUUCGUCGUUCACUGAUCCAGGGCUUGGACGUGAAGAGCUCGCAGCUGCUGCAGAUCCCUCACUUCAACGAGGAAAUCCUGAAGCACUGUCUGAAGGGCAAGAAUGCAACAUCCACGCUGACGGACUACUUGCAGAAAGAUCCAGAGCAGCGGAAGGGCUUGGCAACCAUGACGCCCGACCAGAUUGCCGACGUGGAGGCGUUCGCUACCCAUGUCAGCAACAUGGAGCUGAAGGCGAUUACAGAGGUAGAGGACGAGCAAGAGAUUGUUGUGGGCGACAUCGCCACAGUGUCUGUUCAACUCACGCGGAGGAAUCUGCAAGAGGGCGAGGCCAUGGGCCCCGUCCACGCGCCGCUCUUUCCGGAGCCGAAGUUCGAGGAGUGGUGGAUCUUUUUGGUGGAAGGAGCACCAAACACUAGAAUCAUCGCCUUCGAGAGAAUUCGGGAUACCGAGAGGGUGGUGGAAACCAAAAUGCGCUUUCAGAUCUCGCGACCUGGCAAGCACAGCCUCACGGUGCAUGCCCUUUGCGACUCCUACGUGGGCCUUGACCAGAAGGUUGAUCUGAAUUUCAUCGCAAAAACCGAGAAUGAGGUGAAGCGCGAGAUUUUUGUCCACCCCGAGGAUGAGGAUCUCGACUUGCAGCCUACACUGUUUCAGCAGUUCAUGGGUGAGCUCGGGGGUGAUGAUGACAGCGAAGAGGAAGAAGAUGAGGAGAAGAAGAAGAAGGAGAAGGUGGAGAAGCUCAGUGACGGCAAGCAGCAAAAGGCGGAGAGCGACGAUGACAAAAAGGACGACAGCGACUCCAGCGGCAGCGAGUCUGAAGGCGAUUGAGCCACGCAAGCUCCCGCAAGAUGCCAGUGAGAGUGAGAAGAUGACGGAUAGCAUGCCUAGUUCAAACCAAGACGAGACCGCAU